AUGGGUUAUUCGUCUGAGGAAAGGGCUGAGCAAGCAUCGCCUGAAGCGGAAAUACGUGACGAAACAGCCUUGCGUACUCUCACAAAACUGGGAUUGAUUGAGCAGUUAUCUGGAAUUCUUCUAAGUCCCGACGAAUACUGGACGUUUUCAGAUGAAAAACGCGAGGAAAUUCAUGAGGCCUUUGAAAAAGCGUACAAGGACUGUGUGGGCCAUAGAAUUGCUCCGAUCGAUGGCGCGCUAGGCACUAGCUUGCUUUGGGACAAAACCCAGAAGAAAAUUUACAUCUUUAGCUUUGAGAUUUGCUGUGAGGCAACCGUCGAGGAUGCCUGGGAUAGCCAUGUGUGGUUAGAAUGGGGGUUUGCAAAAAGUCGUCCUGGAGUCUUAAAUAUGCGAAACCCAUUACCACCAAGCGUACUCGCGGAUGGAACAAUAAACGAGACGCUAUGGGAGCUCUAA